GUCAUGGCCACAUGGCAGUUCAGCUUCCGACCAGGCUAGGUAGCUGGAUGGACGCGUGUGCUUCAGCGCCCGAUGAUCCAUUACUCUUGACUUCCGAUCUUCCAGUCGAACUGUUGCGACAGGAGAAAUUAACUAGAUUGUUCACCUCCAAGUUGCACUGGGAACUCAGUACCACACUAACGACAAACCACCUUCUCUCCAUCGUCGCGCUGGCCAACACCCUCAUGUCUAUGAGCAACGCCAGCUUCGUGCCUGAGCAAGAAGUCGCUAGGAGAUUACAUAGACCGACAACCCGUACAUCGUCAUGGGCCGGUGAUGAAGAGCGGGAAGAGCAAUUAGCGGCGCAGCAGGCGCAUAUCAAGCAAGGCUGGUCGCUACUGGCUACUUUGCAUUGCGUCUUGUUACCGGACAAGGUGGUCGCUGCUGGUGCAAAGAGCUUCAAGCGUCCUCAAGUGGAGAUGUUGGCGCGUAGAUGGCAGCAUCACUGCCUCGAAGUACGUGAAGCGGCUCAAGCGUUGCUACUGGCUGAACUUGGCAGAUUGGGACCGAAAGGUCGCAAGGCGCUAGUAGACAACUGGGCACAAUACCUGCCGCUGUACACUCACACCGAGAGUAUCAACCCGCACGCCGCGCAGAAGGAACCCGCUGAGAAGGUCGUUAGAGAUCAAGAAGAAGAAUUUGAAGAGGAGGAGGAAGAAAUAGUUCGUAAACCGUCCUCUUUAGCGGAACUGAAACGUAAGCAGACCACGGCUGUAGUACUGCUGGGUGUUAUUGGCGCUGAAUUCGGACAAGAUAUAAGCGAAGGUACUGAAGAUGAUUUUUAGUUAGAUGAUUUUAAUGUUGUUGU